UGUGUUAUGCAAGAGUGGUGUGACGAGGGAUGAUUAGUCGUCUGUGGCGAGCAGAAGAAUUAUUUACCAAAGCUAAAUAGCAAGAAGAUCAUAACUAGUUCCCAAGGGAGAUUUAGUCCAUUUAACUUCUAUUUAUAAACCUGCUGAACAUUUUCGACGACAGGAACGUUACAAGAAGACAUUAGCAUUCGUUCAAUGUUAUGCAAUGGCAGACAACACUUACGUCUGUCCUCGCCAAAAAUUCAUGGAGGAUCCGAGCAUUGAGUGGCGUGAAGGCAAACCUGACUACACCAAGGCCAAUAAAGCUUACUUAGAGGGUAGGACAAGAAUUCAUAAGGAAGGUUCGUUAGAGAAGAUUGUCGAAGAUCUGGUGAAAUCAUGGGAAAUGGAAGCUUCACAUAAAACUAACACUGAGGUAAAUAGAGAGAUGUUAUUUUCUUAAACAUAAUUACCCGACGGUUAAUACUUUCUGUUAAGUAUAACACAAUUGUCCUUUUUCUCUCAGUAUGCAUGUGAUGUAUUUAACAUCAAUUGACUUUUGUAUUAAUGCCAGUCAACUGGCGUUGUAUGUUCUGUAAUCAUAGUACAAGGGAGUAUGAGGAAAAUCAAAAAUCUAUCUUGCAGAAAGAAAGAAAUAUCAAAUAGAUCGUGACCACGGUACAAAUUAUUUGUGAAACUCAUUUAGAACUUACCAACUGAACUGUGACCACAACAUAAUGUGAACCAAAAAGUGGAUGAUAGUGGUGUGUUUGAUUUCGUGUAUAUACAGGUUAGUAUGAAUAAAAAUGAAACCAGGAUACGAAGAGAACUGAGAUGAAAAUUGUUAGUUUGAUUAUCGUUGCAGAGCCCAUCAAAAGAACUUGCAGUAGUAGUGAAAUUACAAGAUCUACAUUUCAUUUUAUGCACGAACGCACUUUGACUUCAUGCUUAUCAUUUUUUAAAAAAAAGAUAUAUUCAGAUGUUCUUUACUUUCUGUUCUUCUAUUCUUUUUUUUUUUGCAAAAGGAUUGGCAAACUGUUGACACAGAAGCUUUCACCAUCCGCGCGAACAACCAGCGCUCGUUUUCGCUGAAAGAAGGGAUUGAAGAAGGAAAUUAUAACGUACUGAUGCAAAACCAGCCGCUGUACAACAGUAACGCUCAUACGUUUGAAUCGUCACAUGAUUUGUUCAGGUCUGCAUUCGACCAAGGGUUUCCAUGGGAACUGAUAGAAGUGUUUUCAGGUAAUUGAAAGAUUUCAGUGUUAAGGUUUGUUCAGGUUAGCCUCUUGACUGGCAAUACCAAGUCUAGCGGAUAUAUAUUGAUAUUCCUAAGUAGAGAUAGAUAAACAUUUUUAUAUGACGAGACUGCUAAAACAUGCGGAGUUUUUCAAAGUGCAUUGAUUAAUUUUCACUUAUGUGGGUGUUUUUGUCCCCUAGGACCUCCACGGGUGGCCUUUUCGUGGCGCCAUUGGGCCCACUGGACGGGCCCCUACAAAGGAAGAGCCCCAACGGGCAAACUGCUUGAAAUGUAUGGAAUGGCUAUGGCCGAAGUGGACGAGAACCUAAAAAUCAAAUCAAUUGAUGUUCAUUAUGAUCCUAACCAGCUUUUGAUGAAGUUGGAAGGAAAGGAGUGUUGA